AUGACGUCUGAAGCAACUGUAUCAUCUGCAGAGGAAGUGCAGGCAUAUGGAUGGGCUGCUAGAGAUUCCUCAGGAAUUCUCUCUCCCUUCUACUUCACCAGGAGGACUAUUGGUAUCAAUGAUAUCAGCAUGAAGAUACUCUACUGUGGUAUUUGCCACUCAGAUCUUCACCUUGCUAAGGACGAAGUCGGAAUGACCAUCUAUCCCAUCGUCCCAGGACAUGAGAUUGUCGGAGAAGUGACCGGAGUUGGGAGCAACGUGACGAAAUUCAAAGUAGGAGACAUAGCCGGAGUUGGGUGCAUGGUGGGUUCGUGUGGUUCGUGUACUAACUGCACACGAGACUUGGAAAAUUACUGCCCCAAAAUGAUAUGGACCUAUAACAAACACUACCCCGAUGGAUCCAGAACGUUUGGGGGAUACUCCGACAAGCUAGUAGUCGAGGAGCAUUUCGUAGUCCGAAUUCCAGAUAACCUGUCACUGGAAGGUGUUGCACCUUUGCUAUGUGCUGGGAUUACGGUGUACAGCCCUAUGAAACACUUCGGACUUUUUGAGCAUGGUAAGCACUUGGGUGUGGUAGGGCUUGGUGGCUUAGGUCAUUUGGCUGUUAAGUUUGCCAAGGCCGUGGGAAUGAAAGUCACUGUGAUAAGUACCUCCCCUAAUAAGAAGAAGGAAGCAAUGGAACAACUCGGUGUUGACGAUUUUCUUAUCAGUCGCGACCAAGAGCAAUUUCAGGCUGCUAUGGAUACAAUGGAUGGUAUCAUCGACACAGUUUCAGCCCCUCAUUCUCUAUUGCCAUUGAUGGACUUGUUGAAGACGGAUGGAAAGCUAAUUGUGGUGGGUGCUCCUCUGCAACCUCCUGAACUACCAGUGUUUCCUUUAAUCAUGGGGAGGAAGUUGAUUGCUGGUAGUGCAAUUGGGGGAAUGAAAGAGACUCAAGAGAUGAUAGACUUUGCAGCAAAGCACAACAUCACGGCCGAUGUCGAAGUCAUUCCAAUGGACUAUGUGAACACUGCUCUUGAACGAGUUGGCAAGGUUGAUGUGAAGUACCGCUUUGUUAUUGAUGUUGCAAACACCCUAAAUUCUCCAUAUUGA